AUGAGCGGCGCCAACGACCCCGAGCGGGACCAGGCACUUGAUGAUUAUAAAAGGAGCUUGUUGGAGCUACGAGAAUGGGAAGCGAAGCUGAAAUCACUGCGGAUGGGUAUCAAGGAUCUCCAACGAGAGUUUGAUGUCUCUGAGGAGAAUAUCAAGGCGCUACAGAGUGUUGGUCAGAUCAUCGGCGAGGUGUUGAAACAGCUUGAUGAAGAGCGAUUUAUUGUCAAGGCCUCAUCGGGCCCUCGUUACGUUGUCGGCUGCCGUUCAAAGGUCGACAAGGUCAAGAUGAAGCAGGGCACCCGUGUAGCCCUGGAUAUGACGACGCUUACCAUUAUGCGAAUGCUGCCGCGCGAGGUCGAUCCUCUGGUCUACAACAUGUCUUUGGAGGACCCCGGGUCAAUCAACUUUGCUGGAAUUGGUGGUUUGAAUGACCAGAUCCGAGAGCUGCGAGAGGUCAUUGAGUUGCCGUUGAAGAACCCGGAGCUGUUCCUGCGAGUAGGAAUCAAGCCCCCCAAGGGUGUCCUUCUCUACGUUGUUUCAUCCGCGAUUGUCGACAAGUACAUUGGUGAAUCCGCUCGUCUGAUCCGAGAAAUGUUCGGCUACGCCAAGGAACACGAACCCUGUAUCAUCUUCAUGGACGAAAUCGAUGCCAUCGGAGGUCGACGUUUCUCCGAAGGUACAUCAGCAGAUCGUGAAAUUCAGCGAACACUGAUGGAACUGCUCAACCAGCUGGAUGGUUUCGACUACCUCGGCAAGACGAAGAUCAUCAUGGCCACCAACCGACCCGAUACCCUGGACCCGGCUCUACUGCGUGCCGGUCGUCUGGACCGCAAGAUCGAGAUUCCUCUGCCUAAUGAGGUUGGCCGUCUUGAGAUUCUGAAGAUUCACACAGCCUCAGUCGUCAUAGAGGGUGAUAUCGAUUUUGAGAGCGUGGUUAAGAUGAGUGAUGGCCUGAAUGGUGCUGAUCUGCGUAACGUGGUGACUGAAGCGGGUCUAUUCACCAUCAAGGAUUACCGUGAUGCUGUUAACCAGGACGACUUCAACAAGGCGGUGCGGAAGGUUGCUGAGUCGAAGAAGCUCGAGGGCAAGCUUGAAUACCAGAAGCUGUAA